AGGGGCGUACCUACCGAUACGCCAAUACGCCAGGGCGUAUAAAUUCAAGCAAAAUUCAAAAAAUUGAUAAAGUUAGAAAUUCCAAAAAUGGAAUAAAAAUCAAGGGGCAUAGUGUAGGUCCCUUGAAAUUUAAGCUCAAAACUGACUAGAUCGAUCCUGUGAAGUAAUGUACAAAGACAUGGAAAUAAACGUAUAGAUUUCAAGUAGCCUAAUACCGUAAAUACGGUACUCGGCAGUUCUACUUUGUCAACGGGAAGCAACUCUAGCGAAGAUGGUUUUUAUCGUUGUUUCUAUUCGGGAUCCGAAUGAAUGUUUAGCGCUACAAGUUUUCAAGGCGGGAAUUUUAAAAUGUCUUUUAAAGAUGGAGAUUUCAUUCCGCCCUAUCCUGAUCCUUUUGGAGAUGGAGAAAGCUUCAAAGAAGUUAACAAGAAGCUCGUUCUUUUGACUCAACCAUGGAAUGAUGUGCAGGCCUUUAAAUUCCCAUCAAGGUAUGCUAGUGGAAGAUUUAGGACGCCACAACCGGCUUGGUUUACGUCUUAUAGCUGGCUGAGGUAUUCUGUAAAGCUGGAUGGGGUCUUUUGUGCCCCGUGUUUUCUAUUUUCUGGUUCUGAUCCCCGCAGCAAGGCACUGACAACAACUGUAGUUACAGACUGGAGUAACAUAAAAAAGAUUUUAGAUAAGCACGGGAAAUCUGAUAUUCAUAUCUCUAGUUCAAUUGCUGCAGAAAACUUUGUAGCGAUACAGAAUCGACAACAAAAGGAUAUUGAGUGCAGUAUAUCCUCAGCAUAUAAUGCUUUGGUUGAGAAAAACCGAAAAAUUAUGGCACUGAUUGUCGAUACCCUUAUGCUUUGUGGAAAGCAAAACAUUCCAAUCCGUGGUCACCGCGAAGAUGCUGAUUCUGACAGAAAGGGGAACUUUCAAGCACUACUAGAAUUUCAGGCUAAAAAUAAUCCAGUUCUGAAAGACCAUCUGGAAAAUAGAGACCCAAGGACGCGCUACACUUCUCCAAAGAUUCAGAACGAGAUAAUUGCCAUAUGUGGCAAACUUAUUUCUGAUGAAAUCGUCACCGAAUGUAAUCAGUCUCAAAUGUUCAGCCUGAUAGCAGACGAGGCAACAGACUGCGCUACAAUGGAGCAAAUGGCUCUUUGUGUGCGAUAUCUGAAGGGCAGCGAGAUCAGGGAAGAAUUCCUUGGUUUCUCCGAGUGCAAGAGUACCACGGGGGAGGCAUUGGCUAACGCCUUUCUUGAAAACCUCAGAUGUUUAGGAGUACAGAUGGACUAUAUAAGGGGUCAGGGAUACGACGGGGCCUCAAAUAUGUCCGGGUUAUAUAGAGGUGUCCAAGCCAGGAUCCGCCAACAAUAUCCUGAGGCAGUUUAUACCCAUUGCAAGGCCCAUUGCUUGAACUUAGCAAUUGUCCACGCAUCCAACUGCACGUAUGUUAGAAAUAUGAUGGCCACGGUGCAGACAGUAGCGUUUGCUUUUAACAUGUCCGCAAAACGUUUGCUAAAUUUUCAAGAAACUCUCGGAUGUGACCCCACCAGCCGUGAAGAAAUGGAAGAGCGACAGAAGCUUCAGUCGUUAUGUGAGACACGUUGGGCAGCUAGGGCCGAUGCUCUUCACACGUUUUUAUGCUCAUACAGAACUGUAGUAACAUCACUGGAGGACCUGGGUGCGAAUGGCGACACGAAGGCAGCUGCAUAUAGUCUAUCCGUGCUAAAGUUUGAUUUUAUAAUCACCCUUGUAACAGCGGAGCAUGUUCUUGCUGCACUUGUUGGACUAUCAACCAUGCUACAGCAGAAAGCCUGUGACCUCUUAAGAGCUGCCACAGAAACUAGAGUGGUGAUUGCUACAUUGAAGAAUGAAAGGGGCGACACUGCUGUUUGGGAUUCUUUGUACCAGAAAGCUGUGGAUCUUGCUUCGAAUGUAGGAGUCGAUCCCUGCAUUCCAAGAAACGUCGGACGUCAGAGAAAUCGCCCAAAUGGCCCAAGUGAUACAUCAUCGCAAUUCUGGAAAAUUAAUAUGUAUUACCCUUUUCUUGACCAUCUGUUAACAGAGCUGGAGAAUCGCCUUUUACAAGCAAAUCCUAGAUACAACGCACAAAUGCUAAUCCCAAGUCAGGUUUCAAAGUCUGGUCUUCCUGUAUCACAGUGCCGAGAACUAUACAGGGGUCUACAGACAUGCUUGGAUGUUGACGAAGAUACAUUCCUCCGUGAAUGUGUCUUGUGGAGGACGUGGUGGACUGAUCCAACACUAGCUGCCCAACGAGAAACGACUCCAGAAAACUUAAAGGAUUCAUUAAAAGUUACAAGUGAAGCAUUGUAUCCAAAUAUCAGGAAAUGCUUGGCACUUCUUAUGGUAGUGCCGGUCUCUACCGCUACUGCAGAGAGAUCGUUCUCUACAAUGCGUAGAGUUAAAUCAUACCUCAGGUCAACCAUGACGACUGAGAGGCUGUCCGGCUUGGGACUUCUGAACAUUUACCAGGAAAAGAAGCUUGAUGCUGAACGUAUUGUCGAUAUUUUUGCGGCUAAAAAAGAAAGAAGACUGGCUUUGAUAUUUAAAGUGUAGAUUAUAACAGAGAUGUAAAUGAAUAAAUAAAUAAAUAAAAACAUAAAAAUUAUAAUAAAAAAGAAUGAAUGAAUAAAUAUA